ACACGAAACCUCAAGAUCAUAUCAUCGAUCUCCGGCAUGGAAGAUAUAUCGUCUGAAAGUACGCUUGUUCAACACAAUUGCAGGUGGUUGAAAGGCAGGUGUAGCUUUUACAAGUAUCAAGGGUUUUGGAGCAGUAAAGAUCUUCUUGAAGGUGCAAUUGUGGCUCAAAAAAGCUUCAAGGCUCAGCCGAAUGAUGUAAUACUGUCGAGUUGCCCCAAAACCGGCACAACGUGGCUAAAGGCGUUGGCGUUUGCGAUUGCAACCCGAGACAAGUUUGAUGAGUCGACCAGCCCGUUGCUCACAACCUUGUCUCAUGAAUGCAUCCCUUUCCUGGAGCUAUACUCGGAACAAAUGGAACACAAUUGCCACAAGAAGUCGGGAAUCUCACUCGUGGCGACGCACCUUCCUUACACUUCGUUGCCCGAAUCAGUCGUAGCUUCAAAUUGCAAGAUCGUUUACAUAUAUCGGAACGUAAAAGAUGUCAUAGUUUCUCACUACCAUUACCAGCGACAAAUAGCGAAACUAUCCGUGGAAGAUGCUCCGUUUGAGGAGGCGUUUGACGAAUUCUGCGACGGGAUUUCGUUGUAUGGACCAUACUGGGAUCAUAUUUUGGGAUACUGGAAAGCAAGUCUAGAAAGGCAAGGGAGAAUUCUAUUCUUGAAAUACGAAGACAUGAAAAGGGACAGUAGAAACGACGUCAAGCGGCUUGCGGACUUCAUCGGGUAUCCGUUUUCCGCGGAAGAAGAAAACGAAGGCGUCGUUGAAAACAUUAUAAAGUUGUGUAGUUUUGAGAAUCUGAGUAAUUUGGAAGUGAAUAAAAGUGGAAAGCUUCAUGUUGAAGGGUAUGAUGCCAUUGAAAACAGGGUUUUCUUCAGGAAGGCUAAGGAUGGAGAUUGGGAGAAGUACUUCACCAAAGAGAUGAAGGAAAAAGUAGACARWUUGAUGGAUCAGAAAMUGAGUGGAACUGGUUUGCUUCUCARMUAGAACAAUCUCUCUCUUKCWGAUGGCUUAAUGAUUCAGCUAUAUAUGUGCUCUCUUUUACAAUUCAGGAGAUAUACUUUCCAUAUCUUCUUAUUAUGUGAUGUUCACAUGUUCUCGAUGUGCUUAUAAAUCCGCACGAAAUUUGCUUCC